UCAGCUUGUCCAACAUUGAGAUAACAAAAAACUUCUUUUUGUGUCACCAUGGUGAAAUUUCCAUGCCAUCGUUUUGCCAAACAACAAGAAAGAGAAAAAACGCCGAGUCCAACUAAUGUCGCCUGUGCCUGUGCUGUCGGUGUGUCCAAAAAAGCAAAAAAUGAACCCAACAAACGCGAGUUGUUUAUAAUCGAAAAUUAAACUAUUUCCGCCCUAAAUUAAAAACAAAAAAUAUCAGUAAAAUAUUCUCCGUGUUAUUUAAUAAAUUUUAAAAUAAUAAAACUCACCAAAAACAACAGACAACUGCAUUUGUUUGCGAUUGUAAACAAAAGACAUUUUCAUCACAUGAAAAAUAAGUUAAUAAUUUAGAAAUUUUUGCAUCACAAAAAACUCUCCCGGGUGGAAUUUCACCACACCAAUCUACGCAUUUUGUUGUGAAUUGUCAAAAACCGGUGGUGGCGGUGCACAAUUCCCCACACGCUCUUGACAGCUUCAAAGCUACCAAAAACCAAAUAAGCAAAGCAAUAGCAAUAAAAUGUCAUCAAAUUUCUAAACGAACGGACGGAGGCAAAUUCUAUUGUGCGUGUUUUUGUUAUUUAUUUAUUUUUGUACGUUGAUAAGAAACGUAUCCAAACGUAUUUCCUGUUUAGAAAUAUCCUCAAAUAGCCGUCGCUAUGAUGGACAGUAAGACAAAGUACAAUCUUGACCAUGUUUAUUGUCACACGAAUGAAAGCAGCAAUUACAUUCGAGCGAAUCCGCAAACCACAUCCAACGACGUUAUGUCGCUGCUCAAGGAGAACAAACAACUCAAAGCCAUGUUAAUUCUGCACAUGGACCUGAUCCAGGAGCAAAGCGAUCAACUGCUUGCCAAAGAGAAGCUCCUGGUCGGGCUGAAAGAAGAAAUUGCCACGCUAAAGGCAAAGAACGACGCCCUAGAGAAGAGAUUGCAAGACAGCGAAAUUGCUGCAACUGCAGAGGCUAUAAAAUCCGAGAUCAAAGAAGAAGAAGCGCCCACAGAAACGAGCAAAUACAAAAUCCAGUCGAAUGCCACUAGCGAUGGCGGCACGGAAGAAGGCGAGGAGAGUGGCAACAUAAUCGGCGAAUGCAAUGGCAAACUCAUCAGUAAAAUAAUACUGCAUAGAAUAAGUCUUCCCGGGAAGAGUCCAUCGAAUAUCUCCGAAGUAUCUGAGAGUGAAGAGACCGUCGUCGCAGCCGCUGUGAUAGGAAUGGCCGAGGACAGUCAGCACAGUGUCGACGACGAUGUGCCAAAGAUCCAAAGUCCCACGGAACUUGUUGCAACGAGUGUUGGCGCGAAAGUGCAUCCAAUGGAAAUGUCGCCUCUGUUAUUGAUGUCAGCGCCGAGUUUGAAGGUUCCCGAGGUCAAAAUCGACUCGGACGAGAGUGUUAGCUGUGAUUCAACUAUGGAACGUGAUCAGGAAUCUUCUCGAGGGGCAAAACACCCUCGCAGAUCCCGUCGCUGUGGCCAGCUGACCACAACGCAGAUGUACUCCACCCGCGAGUGGGAGGACGAGGAUUUCUGUGAUGAAUUCAUUAAAGAGGAGGCUAACGCCCUCAAGUCAGAGGCACCCAUGUUGGAGAUACCCAAAUGGACAGUGCACGAAGUGCAUCCGCUCUACAGCAUCGAAGGAACCGAAGACCUGUCCGACGAAACCUUCCUCAAGCGCCAUGCAAAGCUCGAAUACGACGAGAAAAGGAGAAAGAAAUGGGACGUCCAGCAAAUCCGCGAACAGCGGCGAAUCGAACGACUAAAGCGUCGCCAUUGCAAGGACGAGUUACGGGAAGAGGAUUUGGCCACAACUAGCUUCUAUCCAUCACCCGAUUCGAUUCAAACCAUUUGCUUUACAACUGAAUUACCUGUGAUGGCUUUCGGCGAGGGCGUUCCGCGGCUCUCAGCCGCUGAAUUCGCCCUUCCUUGGUACCCACUGUAUGGCCAUACUUCUGUGUCACAUCGGGAUCACCCGUACCAGCAGCAACAAUCACAAAACAGUUCGUUUGUUUUUCUUAAAAAACGUCGACGUCCACAGAGCUCUUCGGUGAUCCAGAGUCAUCGUGGAACCAUCGUCAGUGGUGUGCAUCGUCAGCCGACGACCACCAGCAUCCAACCAGCUCCGCCGCAGAAUACUUCUGAUGGUGGAAGAAAUUAAAAAGAGAAAACAAAAAAGAAAAACAAACAAAACAACAAGAACUUUUUUUAGUUAUAUUUUUGUUUUGUUUUUAUGUAGAAGAAAAUUAAAUAAAUUUUUGUAAGAUCUCAGAGAUCUCGUGUCUGAACUUGAAGUAUGAAAUAAUUAUUCCUUUUUAGAUCUUUAUGUUCUCUCAAAACACUAUAAAAUAGUCAUUAAACAAUUUAUAUAAUAUAAUAUAUUCUCCGGUGAAACACCCUCUAUAUAAGUUACAGAUUGUAAUGCUUUUUUUUCUGUGUUUUUAUUUUAAAUACAAAAAUUAAAAUAAAAUCAGAAAAUAAAUUAAAUUUAAUUUAUAUUACAUAAGAAAAAAACAAUAAUUUUAAGUUUUAUUGUUUUGUAAACAAAACACAAACAACAAAUAGAAACAAUACUUAAGAAAAAACUAUCCCAAGAGCAUAGCAUAGAGGAAGGAUAUUUUAAAAAUGUAAUAACGACAAAGAACAUACAUACACAUAAUAAUAUAAAUCUAUCUUUUAUUUUAAAACUGUUUA